AUGCGGCCGCCCGAUCCCGCCACCCCCUUCACGGCCGCGUCCCUCCACGAGCACGUCCUCCGCCUCCACCAAUGCGGCGGCGGCGGGGGCGGCAGCCUCCUCCUACCCCGCACCCACGCGGCCUCCCUCGUCUCCGGCGCCCUCGCCGCCUCGCUCCCGCUCGCCGGCGCGCUCCUCCUCUCCUACGCCGCGCUCCGCGACGUCCCCUCGGCGCGCCUCGUCCUCCGCCACCACCCGCUCCGCCUCCGCUCCGCAUUCCUCUGGAACUCCCUCUCCCGCGCGCUCGCAUCCGCCGACCUCCCCGCCGAUGCCCUGCGGGAGUACAACCGCAUGGUCCGCUCCGGCGUGCGCCCCGACGACCGCACCUUCCCCUUCGCCCUCCACGCCGCUGCCGCCGCCGUUGCCGCGGGGGAGCACCCGGCCAAGGGCCUCGAGCUCCACGCUGCCGCCCUCCGGCGCGGCCUCCUUCUCUCGGACGUCUUCGCUGGCAACACGCUCGUCACGUUCUACGCGGCGUGCGGCCGCGCGGCCGACGCGCGCAGGGUGUUCGACGAAAUGCCCGCGCGGGACGUCGUCUCGUGGAACUCCCUCGUCUCGGCAUUCUUGACGAACGGGAUGCUAGAUGACGCCAAGAGGGCAGUGGUGGGGAUGAUGAGGAGCAGGGUCCCUGUAAACGUGGCGAGUUUGGUGUCUCUUGUGCCUGCCUGUGGUGCGGAGCAGGAUGAGAGGUUCGGGUUGUGUCUCCAUGGAUUGGCGCUGAAGUCUGGACUUGACUCUGUUGUGAAUCUCUCGAACGCAUUGGUAGAUAUGUACGGGAAAUUCGGAGACUUGGAGGCAUCAAUGCGAGUGUUUAAUGGAAUGCCGGAGAAGAAUGAGGUUUCUUGGAAUUCUGCACUAGGUUGCUUUGUUCAUGCAGGGUUUUAUGAAGAUGUGCUGGAAUUGUUUAGAGCAAUGUCAGAGCAAGGAGUCACACCAGGGUCUGUUACAUUGUCAAGCUUGCUGCCUGCUUUGGUUGAUCUUGGUUAUUUUCAUUUGGGGAAAGAGGUGCAUGGGUACAGUAUAAGGAGAGCAAUGGAUUUGGAUAUUUUCAUUGCCAACUCACUAAUGGAUAUGUAUGCCAAAUUUGGUUGUUCAGAGAAGGCAUCUGCUAUCUUUGAAAAAAUUGAGGCACGCAAUGUGGUUUCAUGGAAUGCAAUGAUUGCAAAUCUUGCACAAAAUGGGGCUGAGUCAGAGGCUUUCAGGCUUGUCAUCGAGAUGCAGAAGAGUGGUGAAUGCCCAAAUUCAUUCACCAUAGUGAAUCUGCUUCCAGCAUGUUCAAGGGUGGCCUCUCUAAAGAUUGGGAAGCAGAUACAUGCAUGGUCAAUCCGCAGAAGCUUGAUGUCUGAUUUGUUUGUAUCAAAUGCUCUCAUUGAUGCAUAUGCCAAGUGUGGGCAACUGAGCUCGGCGCGGAAUAUUUUUGACAGGUCAGAGAAGGAUGACGUAUCAUACAACACUUUGAUUGGGGGUUUCUCACAGAGUCCAUGUUGUUUUGAAUCUCUUCAUCUAUUUGAGCAGAUGAGGUCUGCUGGAGUUGAGUAUGAUGCCGUUUCCUUCAUGGGCUGCCUGUCUGCAUGUGCUAAUUUAUCUGCAUUUAAGCAAGGAAAAGAAAUUCAUGGUGUUUUAGUGAGGAGAUUGUUAAGUACUCACCCCUUUCUGGCUAACUCUCUGCUGGACUUAUACACUAAAGGAGGAAUGCUGGAUACUGCCUCAAAGAUCUUCAAUAGGAUUACACAGAAGGAUGUUGCUUCAUGGAACACUAUGAUCUUGGGAUAUGGGAUGCUCGGUCAACUUGAUGUUGCAUUUGAAUUGUUUGAUUUGAUGAAGGAUGAUGGCAUCGACUAUGAUCAUGUCUCUUACAUUGCAGUGUUGUCAGCAUGCAGCCAUGGUGGGCUUGUUGAGAGAGGAAAGAAGUACUUCAGUCAAAUGCUUGCUCAAAAUAUGAAGCCACAGCAAAUGCACUAUGCUUGCAUGGUAGAUCUUCUGGGGCGAGCUGGUCAACUGUCUGAAUCUGCUGAAAUAAUUAAAAACAUGCCUUUCCGUGCUAAUUCUGAUGUUUGGGGAGCAAUGCUUGGGUCUUGCCGUAUACAUGGAAACAUUGAAUUAGCACGAUGGGCAGCAGAGCACUUGUUUGAGUUGAAACCAGAGCACUCAGGCUACUAUACUCUGCUGAUGAACAUGUAUGCUGAAGUAGGGAUGUGGAGUGAAGCAAAUGAGAUUAAGACAUUAAUGAAAUCAAGGAAGGUACAGAAAAAUCCAGCCUAUAGCUGGGUACAGAAUGACAAUAAGCUACAAGCUUUUCUUGUUGGAAAUACCUAUGAGUAG